AUGAGGCUCAUGGUUGGACCACAAAUCAUCGAAGAGGAGCGCCAUCGACUUCACCCGACCAGCACGACGAGGUCUUGGGGAGGAAGAAGUUUUGCGGUACGCAAAGGCGGAGGACUGUCCUCAAGACAGCAGACCCCGCAGAACCGCCAAGCCAAACCUUGCAUGAAGCAAGUGGUCGGUAGCGCGUUCUGGGGAAUAGUGGAGGAUGGAGUUGCAGAGGCCGAUAUAGUCAGCGAAGUGGUGAAGGCAGCCGAGCACUUCUGGGCCUUUCCAUUCGACUCGUGGUCCUUGAUCCAGCUCCACCUGUUUCGUGACCGACGGUUCUGCGCGCAUCGACUAGACGCCGAUGCCAAAGGACAAGGGGCCAGACCUCGUGGUGCCGCGGACAAUGGGGGUGCGAAUGCAUCGUAG